UGGGGUCUGUGGGCGGGGCUCCGAGCCGGCCCCGCCCAUCUUGGUUGUCAUAGUGAGGCGGGACGCACUGAGACUCCAGGAUCCCAACAGCUGGAAGCUAGAGGCUGGUGUCAUGGAGUACACGGGGAGCCAAUAUAUUGGGGAAUAUGUAGACGGGAGGAUGGAGGGCGAAGCCGAAUACCUCCUCCCUACUGAAACAAAGUAUGUUGGGGAAAUGAAGGACGGCAUGUUUCAUGGCCAAGGAACCCUGUACUUCCCCAACGGGAGCCGCUAUGAUGCCAUUUGGGAAAAGGGACUGGCCGUGAAGGGCACGUACACCUUCUCGGACGGGCUGCAGUACGAUGCCGAGCACUGGCAUUACUGCGACGGCCAUGACCGGAGGUUUUACACCGAGAUCUGCUAUGGCUUGAAGCCUGCAGGGAUCUCUCAAGUCACCAAUAUGGACCCGCCUCGAAAAAUCCCUGAAGGCUAUUACGAUUGUGGAGAUGGCUUCUAUGACCCGGUCACAAGGAUAAUCAAAGACUAUAGGAACCGCUUUUUGAGAAAUGCAGAUGAUGAUGAGCACGAGUGGAUCAUCAAGACGUGUCGCAAGGGUUGGGACGAAAUCGUGGGUCACCGACCCAAGCUGUGAGCUCUGCAGCUGCCCCCAUGAGAGGUCUCCUCUACACCGCUGGCAGUGGCUGGCCUUGCGGGCAGCCUGCGGUUGCAGACCCUGACUUUCGAUCCAGGAAUAAAGCCUUUCUGCACUCAGUG